UUCUCUUUGAAAACCAGUGACGCGGUUAACGGAGGCGGUCGGAAGUCCGAUAACCCGAUAACCCGAUAACCCGCGUGGAGCACUCCGCCGCCCUCCUUCUAAGAAAUCCAUGAAGCUGGCCAGAAGCCGGAGCCGCAGCAGCGGCUUCCUCUGCUUUGGCGCCCCCUCCUCCGACGACAACGACGAACACAAGCCGGAGAGCUCUUCCAGAUCGUCCGCGCUAAUCACCGACGAAGAACAAGCCCCUUCUCGGAGAUUUCGCCGUAGCCAACCUCGUCGUUCGUUGACCAAAGUCUUCCGUUCCGCCGCCUUCGUCUCCGUCCUUGAACGAAUUGGGAGCCGGCGGAUUGGGAGAGGGCGUUCGCGCUUUCGAAAGGAAAUGGAAACCUUGGACGAUCGAUCCCUCACCGGAUCGUCGUCGAGAUCGAUGGACUACGACGACCAGAGGACGGAUUCUACGGACCGGAUCUUCUUGUCUUCAUCGCUCUCCUCGUCUUCUUCAUCGUCUUCGAUCGUUUCUUCUUCGGCGGCGUCACUCCCUCCUCCACCGGAACGGAAGCACCGGCGGCGAUUGCCACCGAGUUCAAAUACGAGAAAGCCCCUGCCGGAGACCGAGAAUUACCAUUAUGCCACUGGGCUUUGCCUCCUCGUGAUCAGUUUCGGUGUGCUGUUGAUGUUCGGCCGGUUAUGCGCGAUUCCAUGGACCGCCACGUGUCUUUAUUUCGUGCCUCGCCGGAAGUACGGUAUAUCGCCGCCCGAUGCGGCCGUGGUGAUGGCGGCGCUCCGGUCAAGGUCUUCCGAAGAGGACGAAAAAAAGCGCGUCGUUUUGGAAGGUCUCUUGGAAAGAAACCACUACAAAGCCUAACGAAAUUAUUAUUAAAAAUAAUAAUAUAAAUCUAAAUACUUAUAUAUAUAUAUAUAUACUUUAAUGAUUUUUUUUUAAAGGAAAUUCAGAAGCUUGCAAGAAGGGGCUGAAAUUGUAUAAUUUUGUAAUUAAAGCCUAUCAUUAAUGUUCUUUUCAUUAUAAAAAAUUCCUUAUAAUUUAUAAAAAGAUUAUUAAUAAUGUAGUGAAUAAUAUGAGUUUGAAUCCAUCUA